AUGUACUCGGACAAGGGUGACUCACGUAGCAGCGCACAUGCUGACCUCUCUCUCGCCCCCUCUGGUGGCCCGUGGAGGCUGCGGGACGCUGUGCUGGCCGAGGCAGCUGCCAAGGCGUGGCCGCUGACAUUCUUGGGGACGCUGGAGCAGCUGCUGGAGAUGGCGAAUGUCGUGGCAGCUGUCGACGCUCAUGUGCGUGAAUGCGCGCCGGCCCUCGCUCACCACGCCUCGCGUGGCCCCGCAGAAAUGCAUGGCGCCUUCACUCACGAUGUCACGGAAAUGUGCGGCGAUGUGCAAGACGCGUCCGUAGCCUUGGAGGCGACAGCGGCGCGGUCUCUAGAACGGCUGUGCUCGGUGCUGCGGCAGCUAAGCGCCGACUUUGGUCGGUGGGUACUGCAGCUGCAGGAGUACUUGCUAGUCGUGUGUGAGGGUGCUGCAGCGGCCUCGCAUCUUAGCGAACACCAACCGCCACCUCCUCUAGCGGAAAACGUGGGAGCCGCCCUCUACGAGAACGAGGAAGAGGCACCCAAAGCGGGAGGUGGGAGGCAGUACACUUUCCGCACUGGUUCGUACAUCGCGUCAUCUGCCGGUGUGGCGGCCACAGUGCUGCCCGCGUCGUGCUCCCUGGCUGACCUUGUGGCGGCCGUUCGCGAGAACAUCACACCACUGCAGCGUUACCACGUGCUCGUAGAGGAAAGUGGCUGCCUGGACGGGCUUGCGAGCUUCGACACGCAAAGUCCCGCAUCGAGGCCAGCGGCGACUACAGGGGCGGCCGCAGCUAGUGGCGCGGGAGAGGAAGCGCCGCCGCGGUGGUUGUCGUGUGCGUUGUUGGCCGCCCGCCUCCUUGACACACUCAUCAUUCAGGCCAGCGCCUUUCAAGACACCUCGACGAUGGAUCUCUACCGUCUCUACGUCAUGACGCUGCUCUACACCGCGUGGCCGUACGUGCUGCUCUGCACAGCAGCCAUCUUCGGCUUUGUCCGCGGCAUUGACCCGCCGGUGUGGCGCCGACAGCUGCCGCGGCUGUUCCGCUCUUCGUUCUCUCACGUGCGCAUCGGUGACGCUAGCCGCCGCUUUCCCACAGACGUCCUCUCGCUGCUGCUGAACUGCGUCGGGUACUAUAACAGCGAUCGUGUCGCAGCCUCCGCCGCCGCGGGGGGGAAGGGAAAGGACACGGCACAGCGCACAAGCGAGCCGUCGUCAUCGAGCGAUAGUCGCAGCGGUGGCUCGGUCGAUGCGGCGCGGGUACCGGGUCCUCGACAAGCCGGCGCCGGUAGCAGCGGCCGUCGCAGAGGGGACGUCUCCGAGCAGCACGUCGCGAGGGCUGCGCUCACGUCGGCUCGCGCGUUUGUGCUGCGCAGUCUCGCCAGUUUCACGCGUCGCCACAAGCAAAUCGCGCUCUCGCGAACCCCGAUGCAUCCACGACGCACCGCAGCCGCGAGAACUUCCGCUGGGACGACACCGUGCCAGCUUGGGCACACAAAGAGCAUGAAGGAGAUUCUGCACUACAUCAUGUACGAAGCCGGCGACCGUCAAGGAGACGAACCCGGCGACGGUGAUCAAGCGGGAAGUGGCACCGUCGCUGCUGUUGUGGCGUACGCCCAACAGAACCAGGACGUCCGCCGCCGCGUUGCGCAGGUUGCCGCACCGAGCACGGCGGUAGCGGCGGUGGAUGCGACGGGAAGCAGUAACGCUGGUGGCAGCGCCGGUGCAUUGCACUACGUGUACUUUCCCACCACAAUUCCGCUCGGGUUUGCCUCCAUGCUGGCGGAGGCACUGCCAGGGCAGCAGCAGUGGCAGCAACGGCGUGGUGACUGUCGCGUGCCGAGCGUCUCCGAUGAUCAGGGCUGUCUGGCUCCGUCUUUAGGCGCAUCUGCCUUGGGCCAGCGCAGGGCAUCUGGCGGUAGCGAGGGGAUCGGCAGGCCGUGCUCACUCAUGUGGUCCGAUGACGGGAAUGCGACGGCUGCUUUGGACCGCAACAACGAUGACGACGGCGGUGGCAGCGGUGAUGAGGGCAGCAAUGUGCUGCUGCGGCGCGGCAUAUCGCUCUGGACGCUUGCCAUCACUGAGUCGAACACCACCCCUGACGUGCGCUUCACUAACGUCCUCGCUGGAGAGGAGGAGCAAUACCUAGAUGCGGCGGAUACCGGUAGCAAGGCGUUUGGCCAGGGAGGUCAGGCGCAGCGGAAGCGGCGUUCCCAUCAGCUGUGGAUCAACGUCACCAUCCCGUGUGCGCGCUGGAUCACGACGGCGCUGCUCAUCCCCAUUGGUGUGGCGGUGCAGCGGCUGCAGGAGCGUCGCUUGCGUGACCUGUUCACACUGUCGCUACCUGCAGCCGCUGGCGGCGGCGGCGGCUGUCUCUUGUCGCGUCCUCUGCAUGCGCCCGUGCAGGAGGCUCAGCAGCAGCGGCAAUCAACGGACACGACGGCUCCGGUGGAGCGGCCACCAUCUGGAUCCCUUGCACCACUCGAUGUACUUGCCGGCAGAGGGCUUGCGAGCCGCACCGCCACCGCCACUGCGUGCUCUUUUAUUCAGGCGUUGAAGCUGCUCAUUGACGUUGCCCUCUGCCGCGACCAGGAGAGGCUUGUCCACGGAUUCCUGGAGCGACUGUACCGAGAGCCACGAUGGUGGGUGCGACACGCCGAGGACGGCGGGGCGGCGGCGUACGACCGGCUUGGCACCGCCGCUCCUGUUGUCUCCGCCAUCUUCGCCGAUGCGUUGCGUGGAAAGCGCUUUAGUGAGCUGGUGCGGCUCUCUGUGCUCCCCGCGAGGGUGGGUGCUGCUGCGGCGACGGCGGCGAGCACGAUGACAGCCGCCACCCUCACUAGGCCGGGGCAGCAGAGUGGGCGAGGGGAGGAAGGGAACAGCAGCCCUUCCGUCGCAGCGGGCAUGCUCGACGUAUUCGCAUCUUUCCAGUUGGACCUCACCCUCCCUGACGCCUUCCAGCACAUCUUGCAGCCGCGGGACUUGAGCGUGUACGUGCAGCCCUUGACGAACACGACGGAGCGCAGCUACCAGACCUACUUUUGGCAGCGCCGCCAGCGCCUCUACGUGGAGGAGGGCGACGCGGGGGUAGGGAAGGCAUCGCCGGCCGCUGCAGCCGCAUCCGGUUUCAAUGGCGUUGCGUUCGCCGACGUGUGGAGCUACGUCUUUGGAUACAAGUGCGCCCUCUACUACGCCCGAAUCACACUGCGGGAGCACAAGAAGCGGCUGCACCAACGCGACACCCAAGAUGCACAGGUGGCCCAAGCGAUGGGCCUGCCAGGACAGACUGCGACGCAGCACCUGCGCUACGUGUCGCGAGGCCUGGGGACUGCCUACUACACCCUCAACUUCGCCGUUGAGCAGCUGCUCUCCUUCACGCAAAACGUCGCGAUGCGCGUCGUGUAUAACUUGGAGCGCCUGCUGGCCAAGUCCAUGAGCUCGUCUCCGGAGUUGUUAUCCUGCAUGGAGCUGUGCUACCAAUUGGAUGCGCUUCUACUGGAGCUGAGCAUUGUGUCUUUCCCUGCUCGCCCGCCUGUCGCGCUGAACGUGCGGGAGCGGGGCAUGCAGUCCCCUGCCACCGAAGUCGUGCGUGCGGCGGUGCAGCGGGCGCUCGAGGUGGCGCUUGACCCUUCGCGCCUGCCUGUGUCGCACAUCAAUAGCAGCACACGCAACGCCGUCGAGGCGCUUGUCACGGCGGUCUUUGCCGCGGCGGAGAAUCACCCGUCCACCCUCGCCACGCAUCUGAAGCCGCUGGUCGUGCGGCUGACUUUCAAUCGGUACUACGGCACCGAGGAGGAAAUACGGUCGUUUCACUUUCGGUGA